AUGUCUUCACAGAAAACAUGCGAUUGCAACAAGCAAAACGCCGGCAAGUCCCAAUGGUUCAAAUGCCAAUGUUGCCCAGGUUGUAAAUGCGGAAGCAACUGCCACUGCACAAAGGAUAACAAGUGUUCUCCAGACUGCCACUGCGGAGAAGGAUGCAAUUGCAACGAAGGAUGCUACUGCAACGAAGGAUGCAAGUGUGGAAGCAACUGCCACUGCACAAAGGAUAACAAGUGUUCUCCAGACUGCCACUGCGGAGAAGGAUGCCACUGCAACGAAGGAUGCAAGUGUGGAAGCAACUGCCACUGCACAAAGGAUAACAAGUGUUCUCCAGACUGCCACUGCGGAGAAGGAUGCAAUUGCAACGAAGGAUGCUACUGCAACGAAGGAUGCAAGUGUGGAAGCAACUGCCACUGCACAAAGGAUAACAAGUGUUCUCCAGACUGCCACUGCGGAGAAGGAUGCAAUUGCAACGAAGGAUGCUACUGCAACGAAGGAUGCAAGUGUGGAAGCAACUGCCACUGCACAAAGGAUAACAAGUGUUCUCCAGACUGCCACUGCGGAGAAGGAUGCCACUGCAACGAAGGAUGCAAGUGUGGAAGCAACUGCCACUGCACAAAGGAUAACAAGUGUUCUCCAGACUGCCACUGCGGAGAAGGAUGCAAUUGCAACGAAGGAUGCUACUGCAACGAAGGAUGCAAGUGUGGAAGCAACUGCCACUGCACAAAGGAUAACAAGUGUUCUCCAGACUGCCACUGCGGAGAAGGAUGCAAUUGCAACGAAGGAUGCUACUGCAACGAAGGAUGCAAGUGUGGAAGCAACUGCCACUGCACAAAGGAUAGCAAGUGUUCUCCAGACUGCCACUGCGGAGAAGGAUGCAAUUGCAACGAAGGAUGCAAGUGUGGAGCUGACUGCCACUGCAACAAUUAA